CAGGUCCUUUGUAAGAGCAGGAUGCUUGCUCUUAAUGGCCGAGCACCACCGGGCCUAACAUAACAUUUUCUAUAAGAAAAAUGUUUUUGCCUGUUAGCUGGUAGCUUCCAUGGCCAUAGAUGCUUUUGUCUGUUUUAUUUACUUUGUAGCCUAGGCACCUAGAGUACUACCCACAGUUGCAGUUCAAUUUCAAAACAUGACUCCUUGGGGCACAUAUUCAAACCAUAUCCAAACCAGAACAUCUAGUGUAUUGACAGUUUUUACACAGUGCUGUGAUGAGACUGAAGCAUCCAGUAUUUCAAGGGCGAUAAUUGGGUGGGAUCAGCGCUGCAUGGGAGUUGGAUAAAUUGGGUCCCUUAUGAAAUCCUCCUCUUCUGUGUCUUCCUCUCUGUCCUCUUCCUCUUUUUGAGAGCAGUAGGUUUGAGAGGUUUGGUGUAAACAUUAAAUAUUGGUGCUGAUUCCUUGCUUAUUCUUUUCACAGACAAGUGGUUUGUUUUCAUAUGCAGGGUUUGAGGUCAUAGCUGAACUUCCUGAAGCUUAGCUGUAGUUGGCUUCUUGCUGAGAUGAAAGCCCCUAUCAAAGGGAAGGAUAAGCUGAAACAGUCCUGCGACAGUUUGACUCUCCCUUGAAAGUGUUUUUUUAAAGAAGCUGUUUAUAUACAUGUGGGGGAAGCAACAAUGUCAGAUGAUAUCAGGAAAAGGUUUGAUUUUCCAAAUUCUCUUAUCCAGUCACAGGCUGUAGGUCAUCUUAUUGCUGCUGUCCUAAAAGAACAUGGCGGUUCAGAAAAGAUAGACCAAACCACAAACCAGACGGCCGCCUUGAACUUGCUGUGGGAGAAGUGCUGCAGUGACAAUGUGGUGGUUCGAACAGCCUGCUGCGAGGGCCUGGUGGCACUUGUUGCUCAGGGUCAUGCGGAGUUCAGCUAUGUUCUCAAUGGGAUACUCAACCUGAUGCCUUCCACCAGGAACAUGCCUGGUUUGAUAAAAGCCCUUAUGAAAUUAUUACAAAUACAAGCACUAAAGGAAGGACAGAGCGGGGAGAAGGACAUUCGGGAUAUAUAUACUAUCAGAAAUCCUCCUCAGCCUUUGAUCACCGUGCUUGAACACAGGCCUGAUUGCUGGCCACUACUCCUGCAGCAGCUGACAGCUUUCUUCCAGCAAUGCCCUGAAAGGUCAGAAGUUUCAUUUAUUCAAAUAAUGGCACCAUUUCUGUGGUAUCUCUAUUGUGAACCAUCCCAGUUACAAGAAUACGCUAAGCUCCGGCUGUCCCUGCUCAAAGUCUUGCUUCAACCCAGAGGUCUUUGUGACGAAGCACAGCCUUCAGUCCUGGAACAGCACAUGCUUCAGCUGUGCUGUAACAUGAUUCCGUGCUUGCAGAUGAAAGAUCUGACUCAGACAACAGAGAUGAUGCUGUUCAUUGAGGAAGUGUUUCUAAGCCUUCUGCGCCAUCCUGUGUUCUGGAAAAGUCAGCUUACCCAACUCACCCUCCAGCUGCUGUGUAUCUGUGAAGUCAGUUUAAAGAUAACUGGGGAAUGCUCAUCUUUAAUUCAACUUUUAGAGCGCAGCAUUGAAGUUCUUGGGGAGGAUUUUCCUGUGAAAUUGGUCAUUAUUGGAAUUGCUUUGCUACUUCUACAGACUCCAGCAAGCCAACAGAAGCCAAUAUUAAACCUAGCUUUGAAGCUCCUCUCUCUUGCUGAGGGUCAGAAAAUCCCAAAGGCAUCCCUGCUGCUCAUGGUCCCUCUUCUGCAGAUACUGUCUUCCACCGCCUUGGAAGACUGUUUGGCCAUGGGUGAAGAAGGUCCCUCCAGGCAACAGUUGGCCCUGAAUCUUUUGGAAGUGCUGCAGAGGGAAUGUUAUGGAGAUGACCACCACAUGAUCUCCUGCAGGCUUACUUUUCCUGUAAGCAGCAUGUAUGGCUCAAUCUUCACCACCUGGAGGGUUCUUGAAGUAAUUGGAGAUGAGACUGCAGCCAGUGACUGGCUGGCCGCAGUGGAGUCCUUGCUUCCGAUCACUACAGUGAUCCCCACACAUGUUUUUUUACUGCUGGCUCACCUGCUUGUUGAAGAUUCGGGACAGAAUCUUCAGCAGAUACUGAAGGUCACCACACAGUUAGCCCAAGCAGAUUCCUCUCAGGUACCAAAUCUGAUUCCAGUUUUGAUGUUCAAACUGGGAAGACCAUUAGACCCUAUACUCUACAAUGACAUAUUGUAUACUUUACCUACACUCGGUGUUCACAAGGUGUGCAUAGGGCAGAUUCUGCGGGUAAUUCAGCUGCUUGGAACCACCCCACGACUGAGAGCUGUCGCCUUGCGCCUGUUGACGUCUCUUUGGGAAAAGCAGGAUCGUGUGUACCCUGAACUGCAGCGUUUCAUGGCCAUGUCUGAUGUGCCCUCUCUCUCUGUGGGCAAGGAGCUCCAGUGGGAGAAACUGAUCGCAAAGGCUGCGUCCAUCAGAGAUAUAUGUAAACAGAGGCCCUAUCAGCAUGGUGCAGACAUGUUGGCGGCCAUUUCUCAGGUGUUGAAUGAAUGCACCAAGCCUGAUCAAGCUACCCCAGCUGCCUUGGUGUUACAAGGUCUUCAUGCACUCUGCAAGGCUGAGGUGGUUUGCAUUCGCUCCACUUGGAAUGCUCUCUCUCCAAAGUUGAGUUGUGACACGAGACCCCUCAUACUGAAGACCCUGAGUGAACUGUUUUCUCUGGUUCCUUCCUUAACAGUCAACACAGUUGAAUAUGAGAAUUUUAAAGUCCAAGUCCUCAGCUUCCUCUGGACUCACACUCAAAACAAGGAUCCCAUUGUAGCAAGUGCUGCAUAUAAAUCUCUGUCUCACUUCAACACAGGAGAACACACCAUUCUUCACUUGCCAGAAAAGAUAAGGCCAGAAGUGCCUGUUCCUGAUGAGUUGGAUGAAGAGGAAUCUGUGGACCUUUCCAUUCCUGGCCCUUGCUAUCUGAGACUGUUGACAAUCACUGCUCCUUCAGUUUUACCAGCCUUGGAAGAAUUCUUUACAUCCCUUGUGAAACAAGAGAUGGUGAAUAUGCCCCGGGGAAUAUAUCAUUCUGCAUUGAAAGGAGGCAUCCGAUCAGACCAAGGGAAGACGGUAGCAGGAAUCCCCAGUUUUAUAUUGAAGAUGUAUGAAACAAACAAGCAACCAGGGUUGAAACCUGGCCUAGCAGGUGGCAUGCUGUUUUGCUAUGAUGUUGCUAUGUAUCAGAGUAAAGAUGGCAAGCCCCUGAAUCGGCUGAUGGCCAGUAGAGGGCGAAGCUUCAAGCAGACAUCACUGGCCCUUGUCCAUGAAGUCCACAUCCAGCCGUCGGAAUGGCACCGUGCACUCUUUCUUCCACAGGCCUGGCUUGCUUAUAUGACUCGAGCUUACCAUGCUGUUUUACAGGGAAGGAUAGCAGAGCUGGAGCUGCAAUUGCAGCAUGGCAAAGAAGGACCCGAGGAGGUGCAGUACAAGCGCAGCACAGCAUGGCUCUGGGUCAGAGACAUGCUGACUGAUGAGAUCACCAAGACAGCUGCGAAGGAGAGUCCGGUGGUCAAAGGGAAUGCACUGUUGGCCUUGAGCAGCCUUGCUGUCGUGGUGUCCAAGCACGAAGCUAGCCUUUCCACAGAUUCUGAUGGAGUCUUGGAGGUUCAACCUAAUUUCCUUCCAGUGAAAGAGUGGGUUUCCAUGGUGCUUAAUACCCUCCUGGUCAUUGUGGAUAGCCAUUACCGCCCCAGCGGACAGCUCUUUUCCUGCUUUUAUCAUAAGUCCUAUUCCGGUGAGAACACGGCAAGCGCUAUUGCGCGCUCGGCUGCCGCCACGGCUUUGUCUCUCCUUGUGCCGGUUUUCAUUAUCUCUUGCAAAGAGAAGGUUGAGGAAAUCCUGAGCAUGCUGACUGCCAGGUUACCUGGGAAACCAAGUGCUGAUGAAUCUCAAGCCGUGCAAAUCCACAUGGGCCUUGCUUUGGGGAUGUUUCUCUCUCGCUUGUGUGAAGAGAAACUCAGUGACAUGUCUGGUCAGCAGAUGAACCUUCUUCUGAUGAAAUCCCUGGAUGCCCUGGAGAACUGCUGUUUUGACCCCAGUCUUGAAUACAACACCGGCUGUGUGUUGGGAGUUGGACUUGCCCUGUCCCUCAUGAGCCACAGCAGCCACACGGAGUCACGAGUUCAUGUGGCAGCGUCUCUGCGGAAGCUGUCUGCCUACCUAGAUGACAGUGGGAGCCAGAGCAGGACAUUCCAGGAGGUCCUGGCCUACACACUUAGCUGUGUGUGUACAUCAGCGUUCAGUGCUGGCAUUAUCGAGGCUGUGGAGGCUGAAGACAUUAUGAACAAGCUUCAGCUGUUGGUAGAGAACAACCAGCAGACUUCAGGCUUUGCACUGGCAUUAGGGAAUCUGGUUCAUGGUUUGUCUGUGUGUGGACAUGGAAAAGCUGAAGACCUGGGUAACAGACUCCUCCCCAACUGGAUUAGAGUUGUUCUGACAGAGGGUGCCUCCACCAUGCUCUGUCUGGCAGCCCUUCACGGUCUGGUGGCAUUAGUAGGAUCGGAUGUGGAUGCUAUGCAGCUAAAGUCAGAAGCCAUCCAGAACGCCCAUUUUCAAGCAAGACUUAAUGAAGUCAUUAGAACCUUAACUGAGGUCAUCAAUGUCUCGGGGGUGAUUGGUCUUCAAUCAAAUGCAAUAUGGCUUCUAGGUCAUCUUCAUCUAUCUACCUUGUCUUCAAAUCAAAGCAGAACUUCUGUUCCUACUGACUACAGCUAUUUGCCUGAAGGCAGUUUUCUUAGAGCAGCCAUUGGCUUCUUCGUUACAGGAGGGAAAAAAGGUCCUGAAGCUGUGCCUCCCUCUCUUCUCAAAGUAGUGAUGAAACCCAUAGCAACUGUUGGCGAGAGCUACCAGUAUCCUCCUGCAAACCUGGCUGCGCUCCUCUCUCCACUUAUGAGGCUAAACUUUGGUGAGGAGAUCCAGCAGCUGUGCCUUGAGAUUGCUGUGACUCAGGCGUCGUCCUCGCAGAGCGCGGCCGCACUGCUGGGCUUGUGGGUGAUGCCGCCACUGCUCCAUGGUCUGAGUCUGAGUAUCAAGAAAUACCUCCUGGUGUCUAUGCCUCUGUGGGUAAAGCACGUCUCCGAUGAACAGAUCCAAGGUUUUGUUGAGAACCUAAUGGUGGCAGUUUUUAAAGCAGCUUCCCCACCUAGCCAUCCCGAGUUGUGCCCAAGUGCCUUGCAGGGUCUGAGCCAGGCCAUGAAACUGCCCAGCCCUUCCCACCACCUCUGGAGUCUGCUCUGUGAUGCUACGGGGAGAAUUUUUGACCUUCUGCCAAAUAGGAUUCGGAGAAGUGAUCUCGAGCUGUACAUCAGUGUAGCCAAGUGCCUCUCGGAGAUGACGGAUGAAGGUGCCAACCAGCUUUCCCAGAUUACCCAGGACAACCUAGAAAAGGCUGCCUUUGUCCGACUGUACUUAGUCUCUCAAGGACGACUCCCCUUGAUGAGCCUCACUGAUCUGAUCACUGCCGCUCUGCAGCACCAGGAGAAAGAGGCUCUGGCCUGGAUGAUUCUGCACAGCUUAUACCAGGCACGCAUUGUGAGCCAUGCCAACACAGGUGUGUUGAAGAGACUGGAGUGGCUCUUGGAGCUGAUGGGUUAUAUGAGAACCCUUGCCUACCAGCCAGCAUCUGUUCAGAGUGUGGCUCUUGAUGAGGCUUUGGACUUCUUGCUGCUGAUAUUUGCAGCUGCAGUGGUGGCGUGGGCAGACCAUGAGGCCCCACUUCUCCUUGGCCUCAGUGCCAGUUGGUUGCCAUGGCAUCGGGAGAACGGGUCUGGUGGGCCAGCAGCAGCCUUGCUUGGCAAGAGUCCUAUGCAUAGAGUCACCGUGCAAGAGGUUCUCACUCUCCUUCCCAGUAGCAUGCUAUUGCUGCUACAGAAAGAGCCAUGGAAAGAACAGACCCAGAAGUUCAUUGACUGGCUAUUUAGUGUCAUGGAAAUUCCUAAUGAAGCCUUUGCAGCAAAGUCCAAGGAUCUUUUGAAAGCCACCCUGCUGUCCUUGAGAGUUCUCCCAGAGUUUAAGAAGAAAGCUGUAUGGACCAGAGCGUAUGGCUGGUGACAUUCUCAGGAACCAGCAGCAUCCCCCGCUGAAUGAGGCAGACCAGAAAAACAGAAGUUUUCCAUGACUGGUGUCUGAGAUUGCUGAGAAUUGAUCCUCCCAGUUAGUGGUCAUGGGAAGGUGGCUCCAUACUGACAUCUCAACUUGUGUGUGGCCAGGAAAGGGGUACAUUACUUGGGUACCCGGGUAUUUGAAACUGAAAUAAGAACAUGCCUUCUUUAUGUCCUGAGUUCAUUGUAAAAAAUUUUCUUUUCUUUGUGAAAACUGAAUUAUAUUUUCUCUCCUUUAAAUUCUAGUAAAAUAAUCUUGUGAAGUUUG